CGCCGGCCACCCCUGCCCUGUCCUGGAGCUGCCUCCCCCCUGGCCCCUGGGCUGUGGGCCGGAGGAUGUGCCCGCCUUCUGCUUCAUCUGCUUCCACAGGGAGGAGGAGGAGGAGCUGCUGGAAGAGGUCCCACUGCAGAGGGAGAAGAUGAGCGUGGGCUGCCCAGAGCCCGAGCCACCCCGCGCUCUGCCCUGCUGUGGGCCAGGGACGGCCCUUGGGCUGGGGGCAGGCGUGCCCCUCCUCACUGAAGACAUGCAGGCCCUGACCCUCCGCACCCUGGCUGCUAGCGAUGUCACCAAGCACUACGAACUGGUGCGGGAGCUGGGUAAAGGCACCUAUGGGAAGGUUGACCUGGUGGCCCACAAGGGCACAGGCAUGAAAAUGGCGCUGAAAUUUGUGAACAAGAGCAAAACCAAGCUGAAGAACUUCCUGCGGGAGGUGAGCAUCACCAACAGCCUCUCCUCCAGCCCCUUCAUUAUCAAGGUCUUUGACGUGGUGUUUGAGACCGAGGACUGCUACGUCUUUGCCCAGGAGUAUGCGCCUGCUGGGGACCUGUUCGACAUCAUUCCUCCGCAGGUACUUGGGGCGGUGGCUGAGGGAGGGGAGCUGGUCUCCAGGGCCCCAGAGUGUGGGUUGGGAGGAGUCAGGCCACUCAUUUACUCCAUGAGUAUUUACUGAGCCACUGCUGGGAGGGCAGGGGAUUCACAGUGAACAAGACCAAGGUCCUGUCCUGGUCCUCGUCGGGGACACAGACACUUGGCAAUAAGCCAGAUGACAGACUGAGAUGAGCACUGGAAGGAGCAGCUAGAGUGAUGGAUGAAGGCCAAUGGCAGCGGCCUCUGCAGCUGCAAAGGACCAGGUGGAGGCACCGAAGGGGAGGCCGCAGAGGCUCCCCAGAGAAGCUGCGGAGUGGGGAAGCAGGAGGGUUCCCGGCACCCGGCUUUGCUGCUGGCCGUGCCAGGUUUGAAUCUGCUCUGCCGCCUACUGAUCAGUAACUAGGUCAGUGGUUCUCAACCUUCCUAAUGCCUCGACCCUUUAAUACAGUUCCUCAUGUUGUGGUG